AUGGGCAGCGCCAGCCCGGGCCUGAGCAGCGUGGCCCCCGGCCGCCUCCUGCUGCCCCCCGACGCUGUGUUGCGCACAGGCGUGGAAAAGGCGGCCGUGGGGGCGGUGGGGCCCGAGAGACGGGACUGGAGCCCCAGCCCGCCUGCCACGCCUGACCAGGGCCUGUCUGCCUUCUACCUCUCCUACUUUGACAUGCUGUACCCUGAGGAUGGCAACUGGGCCACCAAGGGCCCCGGGGCCAGCUCUCGGGAGGAGCCACCUGAGGAGCCCGAGCAGUGCCCUGUCAUCGACAGCCAAGCCCCCGGGGGCAGCCUGGACUUGGCACCGGGGAGUCUGACCCUGGAGGAGCACUCGCUGGAGCAGGUGCAGUCCAUGGUGGUGGGCGAGGUGCUUAAGGACAUUGAGACAGCCUGUAAGCUGCUCAACAUCACCGCAGACCCCGUGGACUGGAGCCCUGGCAACGUGCAGAAGUGGCUCCUGUGGACAGAGCACCAGUACCGGCUGCCCCCCGUGGGCAAGGCCUUCCAGGAGCUGGGGGGCAAGGAGCUGUGCGCCAUGUCGGAGGAGCAGUUCCGCCAGCGCUCACCUCUGGGUGGGGACGUGCUGCACGCCCACCUGGACAUCUGGAAAUCAGCGGCCUGGAUGAAAGAGAGGACUUCUCCUGGGGCGAUCCACUACUGCGCUUCCACCAGCGAGGACAGCUGGACCGACAGCGAGGUGGACUCCUCCUGCUCCGGGCAGCCCAUCCACCUGUGGCAGUUCCUCAAGGAGCUGCUGCUCAAGCCCCACAGCUACGGCCGCUUCAUCCGGUGGCUCAACAAGGAGAAGGGCAUCUUCAAAAUUGAGGACUCCGCUCAGGUGGCCCGGCUGUGGGGCAUCCGCAAGAACCGGCCGGCCAUGAACUACGACAAGCUGAGCCGUUCUAUCCGCCAGUAUUACAAGAAGGGCAUCAUCCGGAAGCCAGAAGUCAGCUCAGCUCUGCUGAACUGGUUUUUUCUCCAGCCUUCUUGA